CCACGCAACACUUGGCUUUACAGGUGUAACCUUUCCCCUUCUCUCCUCCUCUGCCAACGCAUCAUCCAAACAGAGACUCCUCUCUCUCCAUCUCUACGUUUCCUUCUCCGUAUCCAUAACCCAAUUUGGGCGAUGGCGAAGAAGCGAAAAUCCGACGCGACGCGGCUGGAAGAGGUGGAUCGGACGAUGUACACCUCCUUUUGCAGCGCUGCGAAUUCUCUCUCGCAGCUCUACACGCAGUCCAUGAACCAGCAGCGGCUUUCCUUCCAAGCCGGUGAACGUCACAGCCUGGAGAAACUUUACGAGUGGAUUUUGAGACAACAAGAAAGUGGAACACGAGUGAAUACCAUUGAUGUAGUCGCAUACUUGCAGAAUGAGCUCGAGUAUGGGUUAGAAGAGCACCAACACCCUCAAACUGCAAUGCACUUAGCUAACACAAGUUUCCCAGUUUCUUCUACUUCAUUUGGUCCAACAACUGCAGCACAGGGACCACGUUCAGCUCAUUUUGAUCACUAUCAACCAAAGACUUCUGUUUUCUCCAAUGCUCUCUCCAGUCCAGUUCGUCGGAGUCUUCAGCAAUAUCAUUUGCCACAGGGUAAUUACUUUCCCAACAAUGUUAUGCAAUCCGGAAAUGGAGCAAGAAAUAAUGAAACACUUUCCCCUAAUAACCUAAUCCGGGAUUCCAAUGACUUGUUGAUGGACAUGCAUUCUGAUAGCCCUGGCCAGGAAUCUUCUUAAAUGAUUCUUUGGCCGUUAUUUGAAGUUACUGAAGUUGCUGCCCUUUCAUCAAGGAAUCUAUCCUUUGAAAAAGGAUAUGUCUACAGAAUAAGCAUGCCAUGCUCAUUAUUUAGCAAGCGGCCAGUAAUCUUCUCUGUUACAAUGUAAGGUCCUGUUACGACUGUUCUAUAGGUCUUGGGUUUCUUGUGUUAAUAGUUUAGUAGUUUGUUUUAAUUUCUGGACGUGUGCUAAUUGAAGGGAUGUCCUUAGUUAAAAAAGACCCAUGCAUUUAUUUGUGAUAUUCCAUUUAUUUCUCUACUCUAAAUAAUGUUUGUGGAAAA